AAAGGCUUGGGCGCGGGCCCGGAGACUGAGGCGGGAGUUUAGGCGCGGGGCGGGGCGUCCUGAGCGUCCCGGGCGGCAGCAGCCAGCCGCCAGGCGGGAGAGUGACGGUGUUUGCGGCCGUUGGUGUCAGUAGCUCCUGCGGUCCCUUCGCCGUCUCCUCAGCGGCUCCAGCCCCAGCCGCCCUUCCAGCCCUCCGCGUCGCCGCUGGCGCCGCCGCCCGACGCGCAGGCCGCCGCGGGCCGCGGAGCCCAUGAGGGCGCGGGCCCUGCCGCCGCGUUCGCGGCGUCGCCGUCGUCCGAGAGCGUCCCGAGCCGGCGCGGGCAUGGCCGCGGCAUGAGUGCCGAGCCGCCGCCGGAGCCGGAGGACCAGGCGGCGUCGGAGCCCGCGGCGGGAGCCAUGCCGGAGAAGCGCCCGGGCGCGCAGACCGCCGGCGGCGUCUCGCUACAAGGCUUUGGCAGACCAAGUGUAUACCAUGCUGCUAUUGUCAUCUUCCUAGAAUUCUUUGCGUGGGGCUUGUUGACAACUCCAAUGUUAACUGUUCUACAUGAAACAUUUCCUCAACAUACAUUCCUUAUGAAUGGUCUCAUUCAAGGUGUAAAGGGCCUGCUGUCUUUUCUGAGUGCCCCCCUCAUAGGCGCUCUGUCUGAUGUGUGGGGCAGGAAACCCUUUCUCCUCGGCACCGUGUUCUUCACCUGCUUCCCAAUUCCACUGAUGAGGAUCAGCCCUUGGUGGUACUUUGCGAUGAUUUCUGUGUCUGGAGUCUUCUCGGUCACAUUCUCUGUGAUAUUUGCCUAUGUAGCUGAUGUCACUCAAGAACACGAGCGAAGUACUGCUUAUGGAUGGGUCUCGGCCACCUUUGCAGCCAGUCUGGUCAGCAGCCCGGCCAUUGGAGCAUACCUGUCAGCCAGUUACGGAGACAGCCUUGUUGUGCUGGUGGCCACAGUGGUGGCUCUUCUGGACAUCUGCUUCAUCUUACUGGCUGUUCCAGAAUCUCUGCCGGAGAAAAUGCGACCGCUUUCCUGGGGAGCUAAGAUUUCUUGGAAACAAGCUGACCCGUUUGCGUCACUGAAGAAGGUCGGAAAAGAUUCUACUGUCUUAUUAAUUUGCAUCACCGUAUUUCUUUCAUACCUUCCUGAGGCUGGACAGUAUUCAAGUUUUUUUCUCUAUCUCAGACAGGUCAUAGGUUUUGGAUCUGUUAAGAUUGCAGCAUUCAUAGCUAUGGUAGGCAUUCUGUCUAUUGUGGCUCAGACCGUCUUUCUUACCAUCUUGAUGAGAUCAUUAGGGAAUAAGAACACUGUCCUCCUGGGCUUGGGCUUCCAGAUGUUCCAGUUAGCCUGGUAUGGUUUUGGAUCUCAGGCCUGGAUGAUGUGGGCCGCGGGGACGGUGGCCGCCAUGUCCAGCAUCACGUUUCCAGCGGUCAGCGCCCUGGUCUCUCGGAAUGCAGAGUCCGAUCAGCAAGGAGUUGCCCAGGGGAUCAUAACUGGAAUAAGAGGGCUGUGUAACGGCCUCGGCCCAGCACUGUACGGCUUCAUAUUCUACAUGUUCCACGUGGAACUGACUGAGUUGGAACCGGAACUGAGUUCUGACAAUGCUGCCCUGCAGGGAGCCGCCAUCCCAGGCCCCCCGUUCUUGUUUGGGGCGUGUAUAGUUUUUAUGUCCUUCCUGGUUGCCUUAUUCAUCCCUGAGUACCGCAAAGGCAGUGGAACCCAAAAACACAGCAACAGCAUCAGCGGCAGCCUGACGAGCGCCCCCGGGCGGGGCAGUGCCGAGGACAUCGAGCCACUGCUGCAAGACAGCAGCAUCUGGGAGCUCUCGUCCUUCGAGGAGGCCGGGAAUCAGUGCACGGAGCUGUGAACUUGGCAGAAGGGGGGACCGUGUGGACGCCGCCUCCGAGAGCCGCGGGAGCCACACCACACGGAGACUCCGUGGUGCCGGAGGGGCGAUGCUCGCGGCGUCCUCAGGGACGGGUCUGAGGAGUGACCCUCUCCGUCCCUCUGCCCCCCGCCCCACUUCUGUUCCUUUUCUUCUCUUUGUGGUAUAUUAGAGCAAGAUCUAAAGUACUUUCCUGCAAAUUCUGCGAUCUUCAAAGUCAUCUGGAAUCCACACUUGGAAACUAAAUGAGAAAGAUUUCUUACCGUGGGGGGAUGGCUUUCCUUGGUAACUGGAGGCAGAGCGUGCCGGCUCCUCUUUCCCCUCAGCGGAAGGCGCGGGCUGGGGGUGGCCUGCCGUCUCCGGCAGGAUCCGAGCUACCAAGUCCCUGCUGGUUUCCUUCCUUCCUUCCUCUCCCUCCUUCCUUGCUUCUCUGGUCUGUGCCCGCUCAGCCCACGGUGUUUCCGAGUGGCUGCUCGAAGUCACUCAGUGUCAGGGAUCUACUGCCUUUGUUCAAAGGGCAACGAAAACGCGAGUCUUACUCUCCUCCUACUUCCUGUUCUUGGCUAGAAUGAAAUUCACCAUCGACACCUCUGGACAUUAGUACUGAUCAGUGAUAACCUUUAUUAGAUAAAGGGAGAUUUUCUUUAAAAUUUAAAUUAUGAAGAACUAGCAACUCAGACCGCUAACCCUGGUGUUUUGGUCAGAUCCAAGGUGAUUUUAUGGAAGAAAAACACACAGCAAGUACUCUGGUGGCAACACACAAUUUGAAGGGAGUUUCUGAGAAAGUUUUCAGUGAGAGAAACACUCCUCCGUGAGAACGAGAAUCAGUGGCUGGAUACCAGCGGGGUGUAGCUCCAAGUUCAGGCUCACGGACACGUGACCACCGUCUCGCUCCCUGCUGCGUCGCGUCUUCUCCGUUUCCUCGUUCAUCUCACUCCUGCCUUAACUGCUCUGCUGUAUGCGCCUGUUUCGCAGUCAGGUCUUGAUUUCCAUCUCUUUGUCUGACUUUUGAAUUUCAUGGGAAUAUGCACAUCAGAUUCUUUUCUAAAAUAUGGUGGUCUAAGAAGCUCAGUUUAACAAGUGUCUUGCAAAUUUUUCGAGAUGUUUUAUGGACAGAAACCUUUACAGAUUUAUAUGUAUUUUGCUGCACCAGUAAAUGGACCAUGACCUAGGGCCCACCCACUUUAACAGAGCACUCCCCUGAAAGUUUUAUAGGUAUGAAAUAUAUAUGUAGAUAUUUGUAAGGAGUUUUAAAUUUUUUUUUGAUGGGGUGCUGUGUAAAUCUUGUAUUUAUAAAUGUAAUGAAGGUGUUGAAAGAAAAAUAUAUAUACAACUUUUAUAAAAGGAUUGUGUACUGACUGAAUACAUUUAAAAGAAAAUAUAUUUUGAAACCUGUUCUGCUAUGAACAGAGAUAACAUAUCUUUUUACUAUGCUGUUGGUUUUUAAGUUAAGCUUCCUAAUGCAUAAUAAAUUUGCAAUGGAUACUUUUA